GAACGAGAGUACAAUUGUUGUUCGCGGCGGUCGCUAGAGGUCAUUACUGUAGUAGUCAUCAACCAAAAUGGCGUUAGACGAUCCUACUGCUAGUCUCCAGAACUAUCAAGUUCAACUUCAGCAGGUGGAAGCUGCACUCACAAAUGACCCAGAUGACAAGGAUUUGUUGAAACUAAAGGAGGACCUGCUUGAAGUUAUAAGCCUGACAUUGAAUUUGAUCAGCACAAGCUCAGAGGAACAGACAGAAAAACAAGGAUCUGGCGAGAGUUCGAAGCGCCCAGGUGGAGAAGCAUCAGGGUCCAAGGACGACGCAGUUGGCUGGUUUCCCGGGGACAAGUGCCUAGCUUUGUGGAAAGAUGGACAGUACUACGAUGCCACCAUCGAUGACAUCAUCGGUGAAGGACAAGCAACAGUGACUUUCACAGCUUACGGGAACACAAUCAUUCAGAAGCUCUCUCAGCUGAAAGCCCACAAAAACAAGCGGUCUAUGAACAAUGUCAUCGAAGGAGGACCAAAAACCAAAAAGCAGCUGUUGCUUGCCGAGAGGGAAUACAAAAAGAAGAAGGCCCAGAAGAAGGCUGUGCGCCUAAAGCAGAUCGAGGAAGAUCGAGAAAAAGAGAAGAACAAGUGGCAAGAGUUCAACUCAAAGGCCUUCAACAAGAACAAGAAAGGCCAGGUGAAAAAGAGCAUCUUUGCCUCGCCAGACAACGUCAACGGCCGAGUCGGCGUGGGCACGUGCGGCAUCGGAGGCCGGCCCAUGACAGAGUUCCACCACCAGGAAAAGUGGCGCAAGCAAGCAGGAGCGUCGGGGAGCCAGGGUGGCACACCCAUGCCCACACCCGUGGGUGCCUCCGGGAUGAUGUCCCUGCCCACGUUUACCAUGCCAUCUGGAAUGCCCUCACCCGCUCCUCCUUCCAUCUUCUGAGCCGUCGGACCUUCCACCUUAGUCCGUCUCUUCUCGUUCCACUCCUAGCUGUGUGGAACUCAUACGUGUUCAUUCACCUUGCCUUCCACAUUGGGAAGCAAGGUGAGAGAAAAAGAGGGGACUCUGCAGUCCCUCUUAACAGUGCGUUCGUGCGCUGCCGUGUCGUUACCAGUCGCAGCCCACAAGUUGCUUUAUGUUGUGCACCAACCUGUGUAAAUAUUGUGUCCUCGAACCAACCAGUAAAAGAAACUUGUGACAUCCUUU